AAAAAAAAAAAGAAAAAGAAAAGCCAAGUCAAAAUCGAGGAAAGGACGACCCCAAACCAUUACCACCUCCCUUUCCUUCCGUCCUCAUUCACUUCCCUCACACCUUCCCCCUCUUUCUCCAGCUCAGCCCUACUAAAUAGGGAAACUGCUGUUCCGUCCGGACUGCGCUUUCCUGUGCCUGGUUGUGCGGUCAACUUUGCCUGUGUGGAAGGUAUCACUGAGGCCAGCGGCUGCUGCUGAAAACGGCAACAAGGGAAUAACAAUCACUCUGGAAGCGACGAUAGACGACGAUACUUACUAAUCAUACUACGAAUAAUCUCCUGCCGCCGCCAUGACGCUGUUUAUCCUCACGGAAACCAGCGCCGGCUAUGCGCUGCUCAAGGCCAAGGACAAGAAGCUGCUCAAGCGCGAUAAUCUAGUGGAAGAAACGCAGACUGCAGAGGGCGUGUCGAAUCUUAUGAAAUUGAAGAAUUUCCAAAAGUUCGAUAGUGCGGCCACGGCCCUGGAAGAGGUCGCGUCUCUGGUGGAGGGAAAAGUCACACCCCGGUUGGCCAAUUUACUUGAAUCCAUUAAAGAUGAGAAGAAGGUCUCUUUGGCUGUUGCGGAUCCAAAACUUGGAAACGCCAUCGCAAAACUCCCCUUCGCCAUUCAGCCCAUUGCAGACUCUUCAACUGCGGAUCUCUACCGCGCAAUCCGAGAGCACCUCCCCACUCUGAUCCCAGGCCUCUUGCCAGCUGAUAUGUCCACGAUGUCCCUGGGUUUGUCCCACUCUCUAGCCCGUCACAAACUCAAGUUCUCCCCCGACAAGAUCGACACCAUGAUUGUCCAGGCUAUUUCUUUGCUUGACGACCUCGACAAGGAACUCAACACCUAUGCCAUGCGCGUCAAGGAAUGGUACGGCUGGCAUUUCCCCGAACUAGCCAAAAUCCUCAACGACAACAUCGCCUAUGCCAAAGUGGUGCUCAAGAUGGGCAUGCGUUCAAAUUCUGACGAAACAGAUCUUGCUGAGAUCCUGCCAGAGGAAAUUGAGGCUGCAGUAAAGGCUGCCGCGGACCGGUCGAUGGGUACGGAAAUCUCCAACGAAGACCUCGACAAUAUUCAAGCCUUGGCAGAAGAAGUGGUCGGCUUCUCAGAGUAUCGCCAACAGCUUGCAAGCUACCUGACUGCCCGAAUGACCGCCAUCGCUCCUAAUCUUACAGCACUCGUGGGAGAACUGGUUGGUGCUCGAUUAAUCGCCCAUGCUGGCAGCUUGGUAAACCUAUCCAAGAGCCCCGCCAGUACCAUCCAGAUCCUGGGAGCUGAAAAGGCUCUUUUCCGUGCCCUAAAAACCAAGCACGACACUCCCAAAUACGGCCUUAUCUACCAUGCGUCCCUGAUCGGCCAGGCUACCGGCAAGAACAAGGGCAAGAUGGCUCGUGUCUUGGCCGCCAAGGCAGCUAUUGGCCUUCGCGUCGAUGCGCUGACUGACUGGCCUGUUGAUGCUGAUGGAAAUGAACCUACUGAGGAAGAGAAGGCUGCCCUCGGUAUAGAAUCACGGUACUACCUCGAGAAGAAGCUAGCGGCCAUGGAAGGCAAACCCAUCAAGCCAAGAGGGGUUGGCAUUGCACCAAACGGCAUCCCUAUAACUCAGCCUAAGAAGUGGGAGGUCAACGAAGCUAGGAAGUAUAACCCGGAUGCGGAUGGGCUUGCUGGCGAUGAGGACGCAGCCAAAUCAUUGUUAAAGAAGCAGAAGAAAGAGAAGAAGGACAAGAAGAAGUUGAUUGAGGAAGUUAAGGAAUCUGAAGAUGAAAGUGAGAGUGAGGAAGAGUCUGAUGUGGAGAUGGAAGAUAAGCCCGCUACCAAUGGAUCGGUGGCUGAUGCUGAAGAGUCAUCCGAAGGAGAAGAGUCAGAUGAGGAAGAGAAAUCGAAGAAAUCGAAGAGAAAGCCAUUCGAUAAGAAGUCCAAGAAGAAGGAAGAUAAGAAAUCGAAGAAAGAGAAGAGUGGCAGUGCAAGUGUGGAGGAGAUGGCCGCAAAGGCUGGACUCAGCGUUAGCCGGUACCAGCGCAAACUCGAGCGCGGGGAGAUCACCUUUGAUAGCGAAGGGAACCCAUCGUCGAUUAGCAAGAAGGACGUGAAGAAAGCGAAGAAGGAGGCAAAGAAGGCUGCUAAGGCUGCAGAAAAGGAGGCUAGUAAGAAGCGAAAGCGGACCGAGGAGGAUGAUGUGAAGAAUAAGAAGAAGAAGAAGAGCAAGGCGUGAGGGAAAUGUAUAUUUUUCGCAUGGUUUUGUUUCGUGAUUUUCUUCUUCUUUUCCCUUCUUUUUAUUCUGUAUGAUAUCAUGCUCUUAUCGUGGAUUCGCUCUUAUUCUUUAGUUUUUGCCUGAUAUAUCUGCUUUUUGUAUGGCGAGAUCCAUUCCUGCUUGGUUUUUUAUCUCAUCUUAUGGUUCUGCUUUUGAGUAUAUCAUUUUGUUUUGAUAUUUUUGUUUCCAUCUUUUUUUUUCUAUUUAGGGCGCAGGUUGGUGCUUGGGAGAAAAAAUAGGUAGCUUUUUGUGAUUUAUUCCCUAACUUUGAAUUCUUUGAAAAAGUCAAUUGAAAAAAGCUGUUCAAGUAAUUUCUUUUUCUGUUCCCAGUCUUUCGUUCGAU